AUGAAUCUCUUUUCCUCCCUCCUCAAGUCCACCACCGAGCAGGUGAACAAUUUGGGAAAGUCUGCCGCUGAUAUGAUAAACUCCAUUGCCGCUUGUUCUCCGCUAACCGACACUCAGGUUGCUUUACCGCCGCCGUUAUCAGGCGACAAUGACCAAACCACCGAUGAGAAAGAGUCCUCUUCAAUCAGUGACGAUGCUGCUGUUGAUAAGGAGGAGGAAAACGACCUUUCAAAGAUAUUUUUGGCCAGCGCCAAAAGCUUUGGAUCAGUCGUCACCAAGUCGACACUCAACUUGGGCUCCAGUGUCUUAAAGAAGGGAAAAGAGAUUGUUUCUUUGAUGGAAAGCUCAGCUCAAGAGAACACGGUAAAACAGGCGGAAUCAGUUGACGACGCUUUAGCUCCUUUGUGGACUUGCCUGGAUGUGAAGGCGAGUGAAGUAAAGGAAAAGAUACUUGCCCUGUCAUCUGAUCGACGCAAUUUUCUGCGACCUCCACCCAUUGACUUUGCCUUCGACUUGGAAGCCUCGGCACCGAUGGCAAAGGCCCUUCUAUGGGAAGAUGAACUGCUUCAGAAUAUGCGCUAUUUGCUGGUGCCCAAAGAGGUCACUGAGGAAUCCUUCUGGCGCAAUUACUUUUACCGCAUUUCACUCAUCAAACUGGAAGCUUCAAUGGAGGACAUUUCCGAGCCUACCGCUAAUGAUGCUGAUGAAUCGCCAGCCAGUGAGCAAUCCGCUGCUGCUGACUCGUUGAACACCGACGAAUGCGAACUGGUCAGCGACUUGACCGAUCUGGAGUUGGAAACCGUCGAGGCGGUCAACGAGGAAGAAAUCAAUUUAGAACUGUCCGAUUUUAAGCUCUCAUCUAAUUAA